AUGUAUGAAGCUGCAGAUAGCCAUCCAAAUAAAGCGAUAACUUUAGUAAUUGGUAUACCUGACUGUCAUACAGAUUUACAAUCAAACAACCGUUCCACAGGAAGAAUUAGCGAAAAGCUCACGCCUCUAAUUUCUCCUGAUCUUCAAAGUCAAACAAACGACAAACGUUAUCUGGAUUUUACUAACAACUCUUCAAAUGAUGAUACUUACUCCUCUUACCCUUACAAUGACUUUUUGUACUCUUUAUCUAAUGGACAUAUUAAUGAAUUUAGAAAUUCACUGGCGAGUUCCAUAAACGCAGAAUAUUCGAGUAAUUCAUAUCUCCCACAAACAGUUACUCCUGCUGUUUCAGUCAUGUUGUGCGAGGAACGUUGUAUUGAUGAAGAUCUUAUAAAUCAUAAUGAUAAUAAUAACAGUAGUAACAGUAGUCAUCUACAAAGCCGAUAUGAAAAUGGGAGUUUAAGUCGACGUAGACGUAUGCUAACGCUGGCUGCACCAGUACUUAAACUCAAAUGGCAAGAUGUAUGCGUAGAUGAAGCAAACAGACAAUGGGCUAUCGAAGCAUUAUUAAUUAAACUUACCAAUACAUCGAAUGAUUUAGUCAAUGGAAUAAAGGCUUACCGUACUGGUUUACAGAAAGUUGCUAAUAUCCAUCCAGAGGACUUGAAUGCAUUGUUUCAUAAUAUUGUUGAGAUUGCCUAUCAGACUUUUAAAAUGAAACAAAAUUUACAAAAUGGAUGCUUACCAUAUGAUGCUUCAACAGCUUCAUCAAAUUCCCUUGCCAAACAGUGUUUAGUAAACGACAAAAAUAAACAAAGGAGUUCAGUAUCUUCAACAACAUCUCCACAAGUGGCUAUGCGGAAUGAUUCGUCCAAAGGAAUAUUUAACAACUUAUCAGACGGAAAAGAGAAAUGUAAUGAAAAUAUUAGGAACAGUAAUAUUAGUACUAAUAACAACACCAACCACAGUGGUAUACAUAAACGAUUCUCAUUUUUGUUUAAACUACGUAAAAGUAUCAUUAGGCGAGAGAAUCAACCGAUUGAUAACAUUAAAACAACUGGAUUAUCAGACAAUUUCAGCAGUAGUGUCGGUGCUGAACGUUAUCAGCUAGAGGAACAACAAAAACAAAUCCACGAUUCGUUACCUAGUCUGCAUUCACCUAUACAUGGUCAUUUAGAUAGUCCUGGAACAAUUGUCCUAUUAUCUCUUAACGAUUUGUUAAAUCAGUGUAUGGACUAUACAAAUGUUUAUCCAGAUCGUUUAAAAUAUGUUUACGAACUCAGAAAAAGACAUCCAGAGCUCAGAUUAUUUCUUAAGAAUCAAGCUAUGGAACCCGGUGUCCCUAUCCUAUCAUUAUUUCUCACCUUACCACUAGAGAUACCAAGAUAUUUGUUCACUGAACUGAAAAACAUUGAAAGACAUACAAGUGCACAACAUAAGGAUAGACCCGCUCUGGAAAAAUGCAUUAAAGCCUUGAAUGAGGCACUGAACAGUCAGCUUUACCCAAAUCCUGUUAGAGAUAACAACGUCAACAAGUUAAUCUUGCAAGAUAUGAGUUAUUUCUCCAAUCCUCAAACCAUAGAAAACGACCGAAAAUUGAACAAACGUUCUUCCCAUCCCUUCGAAACAAAUAAGACUUUAUCAUCUCCUACUGGACUCGAUGGACAGAAUUCUUCCAUCUGUAAGAGCUUUCGAGAAUAG